AUGGUGGACUUCUCCCUGCGGAAAGCUAGGAACAACUGGAGCAAGCUAUCGUCCCCGGGAAAGACGCGGCAGCAAGGUUCGCCCACGAAGCUUAAGUCCAAUGCGUACGAGGAUUUCGUCUCGCCGCGGGACACACUGCAGCUACCAGAGAUUGGGAUGAAGGAUCGAAGGAAGGUUGGCACGUCGAUGCAGCGGCGGCUGUCCGUCCACAAUGCGAAGUACAUUCCGCCGCCAAUUGACUACGCUUCAGCUCCGGCAUUGCCGACAGCAGUGGAGCUGCCAGUGCGGGAUAACUCGCUAUUAUCUUCAGAGCUGAUGAAGCCCAACCAUCGGCGCCCACCCGUAGAUAUCUAUGGGGGGCGCUCACUACGUGAGAUCCUGUCAAAUCCACAGUUUCAGGCGAAGCGAUUUGUGCACGAGAAGUUAGGCGACGCUACAGCUCUGGAGAUCGAUCAUUUUGCAUCGAAUCUCAAUCACCUGUCACAAGAAAUUGAGCAAGAAAUCAAGUCCAACAUCAAUAAAUCCUAUAAUGAGCUGAUGCAGGUUAAUAAAGAACUUGCAGUUGCUAGUACGGAACUCAAAGAUUUAAGGUCCAAAGUGCAGCAGUUACAGGUAGUCAUGGGUCAAUUUACAGCCAUGGCCGAGAAGCGGCUACUAUUGGAAAAAGAGCAUUUUCGCCAGAGCAAUACUUCUGUGAUGACAACGAAAUCCGGAUCAACGGGUUCCGGAUUACUGCCACCGGUAAAAUCUGGGGCCGCCAAGAAAGACCGAUCCAGCGUUAUCAUCCUGGAGAAGAUAUGGACAAAUGAGCUGAGUAGCUUGUUUAGAUCUGUCGAGGGUGCACAAAAGUAUAUCGCCCCAGCCCCGGGUAGACGAAUUUUGUUGGAAUCUAACGACUGGAUGGAAAUUAACAUUGCCACCUUGAAACCACUGCAUGCGACUCGCAUUUUUUUACUAAACGAUAUGAUUCUAGUCGCAGUAUGCCGUUCAGACAAGAAGGGGGAACUGGUGGCUAACCAAUGCUGCUCAUUGAGAGAACUGACUGUUGCUGAAGAAUCGAAUUAUACAUUGUCGUUCCAUUUUGGGAACAAGCAUCACUCAUUAUACCGCUCCAGGACACCUACUGGGUACACAGCACUUUUAAACGAAAUAAAAUCAGCCAAGGAUGAACUGAGAGAUAUUUAUCAAGCAGAGGAGGACAAUGCCCGUAAACUCCGUGACUCCUUCACAUACCUACAAUCCACGCAGCAAUCGCCCUCGCGCGAUAUCAGCAGUCCUGCCCGUGGACACUCGCGACAGCGCUCUCUUGGGACACUUCAGAAUACGCCCUCGAGAGCAAGCACCUACCAAGAGAAUCUCCUGCAAAACAUAAGUAUGUCAAUGCAUACCCGUUCUAGAUCUGGAGGUGUCAACCAAACUGCGGUAAAGCUAAACUUGGUCUAUGAGGAACUUGAAGAACUAAGCGUUCCUGUCACAAGAAUGAACUUCGGCUUAGCAAUAAAGAAACUCCAUUCGAUUGAGAAUAUACUGAAAGGAAUAACAGCAGAAGCAGAGGGUGAAGUAAUGCUAUUGAAUUUGUUGCGAAUGAAGUGUAACCAAACUCGGACAUUGAUUACCCAGAAGCUCACCCAUGUCAUCAAUACAGAAUAUUCAGACGCCAACAAAUUAGAAUCCAGUACGAAGUCCUUGAUUUUGCUAGGCAUGCCUGCCGAGGCAUUGCAAUUAUUUUUGCAUAAUAGGUCAAAUUUUAUACAAGAUCUCGUACUCCAGGUUGGUGUACAUGAUAACUCCAAUUCAUAUAUUACCCAGGUAGCCGUGAUACGGUGUCAAACAAUUAAAAAAGUUGCAAUUCAAUUUCAAAAGUUGUUUGAAGGCACUACAGCAAAGUAUUCUUCUGUCUUGGUGAGCUGGUGCAAUGAUGAAGUUGACAAGCAUUUCUUCUUAAUGAAGAAGCAAUUAAUCAAUGAUGAUCAGUUAACACCGCAAGCUAUAAAAAUAUCAAGAAAGCAGAUAGAUGAGCUGAAAUCUGUCGGGAUGGAUUUUGUGUACAAACUUGAUGACUUUCUGAAAAUUCACAGCAAUAAAAUUUAUUAA